AUCAUUUUUGUGCCAAUAAGAAUGAACAUAACUUUCUAAAACUGAACGUAACUUUCCAAGAAACGAUCAAAAAUAUGCCACUGCAAAAAGAAGAAAAACACAAUGAAAACAAAAAUAUGAACUCAGUCGCACGAAUUUAACAUGCUCUUCAAAUAUGCUUCAUUCUUUGUUAAUGAUUUUCAAAGAAUCGUUUUCGUGAAUCAUGGAUUUUGAAUGCGUUGCCACAGUUUUCGCUUCCGCUUCGUAAAUUUUCGUUUGCUGUUUUGGCACAAACUUCUCGUGGGGGCGGGCUUAACAGCGAUCUACACUGAUUGGCUAAUGAGCUUUUGAUGGACAGUUGCUCUCUGACCCGGAAGCACAGACGGUGACGUCAGUGGCGCGCAUAUCGGAAAGUUGUUGCGGUGUGCAAUACGUCGUGCUUUAUGUUAAGUAUUAAUGUUAGCAUUUUACCUACGGUCGUCUCUUAGUUUCUAAAGAUGACCUCCCGGGAGAGACACGGAGCGGUGCCAUCAUCUUCCACCUCAGCUUGUCCCUCAGGGCAGCUUGAACAAGGCAUUAAUCUUGGUGCAGAUGCUGCAUCUGCAGCUGUACAUAACAUCCUUGAAAUUCUUAACCAGUCGCUCGGGAAAACCAGCACAAGGCAGGGUCAGCACUCGGGACAGAGUCAAACAGUGGACCAAGAGAUGGCCAGGUCUUUCCCUGGAUUUUUUAAGCGUGGUUCAAAAAGACGGCUACCCAGCUUUAGCAGACCAGCGAAGCUCAACAAACUAUGGAAACCUUUUGUGUUUUCAGUGUUUCUUUUGAGUAAAAAUACAGACAUGGUCCCUUCAUCAACUGAAGAGGUGCAACUUUUGCAAGCUGGCUUGGGUAAACGGAAUGUCACUAUGCCUGAUGACUUGACACAUUCACAGGUCUCUAGCCUGUUCAGUGAUGCAUACCCAAAAAUGAAGUCAGCAUCUGGAGGCUGGCUUCUGUACAAAGCAACUGGUGGACAGGGAAGACGAAGGUUAAAUUUAGUUCCUCCGGAGUCUGAAGGAUACAGUGGCAGCACAAUUAGAAGUGCAACUGCAGGGGGAAAAACAAUGUUGUAUAUUGUUCCUUUACAAUAUGAGUUUGACCUGUCACCACUACCAUCUGAUGCCCAGGAGUUCUCUCAGAUGCCUAAAGCUGAAUGUAAGAAAUGCUUCAAAUCUAUGCCACUACAGAUUCUUGCUCUGCACAUAAAGGAAUGCAACACUGCUGAAUAUGAGACACUUACAGACUCAGAACCAGAGCUGUCCAAUCUACCUCCUGAUUCACCCGAUUUAUCUCCUGCUACUGAAGAAAAGUCAACAGAGGCAAAGUGUCCUGUUUGUCUGCAAAGUUUUCCUGUGAUGGAGUUGGAGCUACAUGCCAGUUUUUGUGGCGAUUUAGAUAGUCCACUUAACUGUCCAAGCCCUGAUGUAAUGGAGCCACAAAAAGAAGAAAUGUCAUGUGAAGAGGAUGUACUGCGAUGGAUAGCUGCACGUGUUGACACCACUAAAGAAUUUAGUAUCUGUGUGUCCAGAAUGAACCUCUUAGAAAGAGGUAUGUCACUGUGGAAGCGUCAAAAGCUCAGCUCCCCAAUCAAUACUUUAAAAGUUACAUUCUUGGGAGAGGCUGGAGUUGACACAGGAGCUCUGCGUAAAGAAUUUCUGACCGAAAUGAUUAGUGGUAUAGAGACUCGGCUUUUCGAAGGAGAGGAUGGUAAAGGAAAAAUGCCAAAGUACUCAAUAAAUGACCUUGACAAUGGCCUAUUUCGAGUUGCUGGGGAAAUAUUUGCCGUAAGUCUCGCGCAAGGUGGUCCAGCUCCACGAUUUUUACAGGAAUGGUGUUACAAUUACCUUCUAAGUGGAAACCUUGAAAACAUCACGGUGGAUAAUGUUAAUGACAUGGAAUAUUCACCACUGAUUAAAUUGAUCGAGGAGACUUCAGACCUGUCGAAAUACAGUGAUCAAAUAAUGAGCUGUGGCUACACUGGCCCUAUAAAUGAGCAAAACAAGGAGAAUAUAAAGAGAGCAAUUGCAAUGCAUGCCGCUGCUCGACGGACUCAUGUGCUUCAACAGCUCCGUGAGGGUCUCCAACUUUACCAUCUAGUGGAUAUCAUGGAGAAGAACAAAAAAGUUUGCCGUAGCCUCUUUGUUUUUGAAGGUGGCAAUGAUCAGGUGGACUCUCAAUACAUCGUAUCACAUCUUGACCCCAAAAUGAGUGAGAGUGGCACUCUGAAGCACAGCAAAGAAAUGCAAAUCUUGAAUAACUUCCAGGAUGUUCUUAUGGAACUCGAAGAUGGAGAUCCUGAGGAUGAGGAGGCACUUUGUGUGUCAAAAGUAAUGCAGUGGCUGACUGGUCAAGCACACGUGCACCUGCUUCUUUCAGAAAGACAAGCUUUUAAAAUCACUGUUCUAUUUGACCAUACAUGCAUGGAACGUAUGCCAGACCACAGAAUUUGCUACCCUGUGGUCAGUGCAUGCACCCAGACAAUCACAUUUCCCACUGCACAUUCAACAAGUUUAAAUGAAUUUAAAGAGAACAUGAAAAUUGCAGUGCAACAGGGAGCUUACUUUUACAGGGUUUAAAACAGAUUUGUUAAUAUACUCCUUUGUCCUUUUAAUUGGACUUGGAGCUUUUGAAAAAAGAGAGAGACACUACACUUAAUCAUUUGUUUUAUUUUCGAAAGAGUGGCUUAUAAGAUUUCAAAACAUUGUUAUGACGUAAGUUUUACAUAAACAUUACAUGUGUAUUCUUGUAAAUUCAAUUUCUGAUGGAACUACAUGUGUUUUUGUAUGUUUUUCUUGUUAAAAGUGAAUUGUUAAAUAAAGCAGUCUUUGAAUAAUAUCAA